CUACUUUCCUUUACUAGUCUCAAAAUCUCGUUUAUCGGUCCAACCAUAUUCACGUCUAUCCAGAAAAAACAAAAUAAAAACAUUUCCAUCCAACUUCCCUUUCCUUUUCUUGGCAAAUUUUUCCUCUUUUAUUUUCCCAGUUUAAACCCCCUUCUUCUUCCAUAAUCAUUACUUAUUUUCCAUCUCAGUUUUUAAAUUUAAAUUGUUCUUCUUCAUAGGACAGAGUGGAGUGACUCUUUGUGUGUGCCUGCGUGAGAUAAGUUGUUUAUCUCAUCCAUUCAAUCUUCAUGUCUAUGUGGACCCAAUAAUUCAGCACAUUGCCUAGGGCUUAAAAAAAGGUUGGUUUCUUGAGGUUGGGGUUUGAUGGGGUGAACUCAAAGGUGUAAUGGGUAGCUUCAGUGAUGAUGAUGAAAAAUGUGUAUUUUUUGAUGCCUCUGAGAACAUUGGUCACUUCUCUGAUUUGGGUUCCAACUACCAUCCCCAGGUGCUCAAGUCUACCUCAAGAAGUGAUAAUUGUGUCACCAGUAGCUACCCCUAUGAUGUGUGGACUACAAGUCUUACCACUGUUAAAGAGCGCCGAAGGAAAUUCUUUAGUUGGAUGGACUUACACGUAAAUGAUGGAGAAGAUCCAGUGACUGUAUAUGAGAAUUCUGAUUUAUCUAGUUGUGAGAUUGAACGGAUUUUGGACAAUAGCGAGGCUAUGUUGCCAACCUCAAUUCUGAAAGACGAAUUUCCUUCUGAUUUGCCUGUUGGAGUUUUCGGUUCAUAUAAAGAGUUGGAUUCAAAUGAGACAUUUCUUUUUCGGAAUGGUAAUCCACUUGGUGGAAGCGACUGCAAUGUACAUAAUCUGGCUGAGAAUAGCCACAGAACUGUGAAAUUGGAACGACAGUUGAUGUCUAGUGAGCCUGAGGACUCAUAUAUGUCCCCCAAAAUUCAGCAAAUUGGACAGCGGGAAUUAGAGGUCAGUGGAUAUGCUGGGAGGAAACUGAACCGCGUCAAGAGCCGUUUGUUAAGUAAAUUGCGAUCACUGACGUGCAUUGUAAAUGGCAAAGGGAGAGGUAACAAUGUGAAGGCCGACAUCAGCUCCAGCCUUGUUCAAAGAUCUAUAGUUCAGAGGGUUAAGGUUCACCACCGCAAGAAGCGAUUAAAGGAACUCUCCGCUCUUUUUGUGGAGCAAGAUAUCCAGGCUCAUAAAGGUUCAAUCUUAACUAUGAAAUUCAGUCUUGAUGGGCAAUACUUAGCCAGUGCUGGUGAAGAUAAGAUUUUGCGUGUAUGGAAAGUGGUGGAAGACGAGAGAUCCAACGAAAUUGACAUUCCAGAGUUGGAUCCGUCUUGCAUGUACUUCUCGAUGAACCAUCAAUCCCAACUGUCUCCUUUGGUGACAGAGAAAGAGAGAAUCAAUAAAUUGAGGGGCCUAAAGAAAACAACAGAAUCGUCCUGUGUUAUUUUCCCUCCUAAGGUCUUUCGGAUUUUGGAAGAACCGCUGCAUGUGUUCGAAGGACAUAGUGGGGAGAUAUUGGAUGUUUCAUGGUCAAAGAACAACUAUUUGCUUUCAUCAUCAACUGACAAAACUGUUCGUCUGUGGCAAGUUGGAUGUGAUAAAUGCCUCAAAGUUUUCUCACACAGUAAUUAUGUAACUUCCAUACAAUUUAAUCCAGUAAAUGAUGAUUACUUCAUCAGUGGUUCAUUAGAUGGAAAAGUUCGCAUUUGGGCGAUUAAUAGCUGUCAAGUUGUGGAUUGGAAAGAUAUAAGAGACAUUGUGACUGCUGUAUCGUACCGUCCUGAUGGGAAGGGUGGGAUUAUUGGCUCUAUGGCAGGGGCAUGUUGCUUCUUUAGUUUAAUAGAUCACAAGAUCCAACUGGAGGAGCGGAUGUCAUUGGGCAGUAAGAAGAAGUCACUUUGCAAAAGAAUUAGUGGCUUUCAGUUUCUACCAGAAGACCCAACUAAAGUAAUUGUUACUUGUGCUGACUCCCAAGUAAGAAUCCUUAGUGGGAUCAAUGUGAUCGGCAAGUGCAGAGGCCUAAGAAAUGCAGGAAGCCAUCUCUCUGCUGCUUUCACCUCAGAUGGGAAGCAUAUUAUCUCUGCGUCAGAAGAUUCUAAUGUCUAUCUAUGGAACUUCCACAUUCCAGAAGAGUCUUCUGUGUCUCAACCUGGAACAGUGAGAUCAUUUGAGUGCUUCAAUGGCGAUGCGACCAUUGCAAUACCUUGGUCUGGUUUGAAAAAUGUCAACCAUGAAAACCGGUGUCACUCACAAAGACUAAGUCAAAGCUUAACAAAUUUCCCGUUCCCUGCUUCUCCUUGGUUCUCUUUAGGACAAGAGCUGUUCUUAGAGGCAAUUCCCAAGGGAUCUGCAACCUGGCCUGAAGAGAAGCUCCCUGUGUCACAUCCUCGGUCUGUGCCUUCUGCAAUGUGUAAAUCUCAUUACAAGUUUCUGAAACGUUCUUGCCAGAGUUCAUCCCGUUCUCAUGCCUGGGGUUUAGUUAUUGUUACUGCAGGCUAUGAUGGGCGAAUAAGGUCAUUUCAUAAUUAUGGAUUGCCUUCGCCACUUUGAGAAGUAUUGCAUUCAGGGUUUUCAAGAAAGUGGACGUUAUCUCCUCGUGUGGCACCUCCUUUCUGGAUCAGGGAAACUCUGUAAUAUCCUUUGUGAUAGAACUACUCGACAGAGUUUACUGUUGCAGCGAGAGGUCCAUAUGAGAAAUCAUGUUUGACUGGUCCCUUCAGGUUUUAGCAAGUCAUAUCAGAGUUUGCUUAUAUACCUGAUCUGGCCACUAGUUGGUAAAUAUCUCAGAUUUGCCUUAUCCCAUUUUUGAGAUAACAGCCUAAUUUUAAUUUACAAGAGCCAUUUAUCCACUGUCACUGGAAAGAAAUGAAUACACAAGGAGAGGUCAACAUGGUAUGCUUAUCCAUAUGAGGUGCCUGCGGGACCUUUCAUAAUCUCUUUCCUUUGUUAUUUAAGUGAGACCAGGGAAGGAGCUAGUGGCUGUAAUUUUCUCAAGGAGAAAUGGUGGGGAACUUCAUCUUUUAUGGCAUGCUGGCUGUUCUGAAUGAUUGAAUUGUUGUCUGCCAUACAGUCGGUCAGUCCAUUGAAGGUGAGUGGGCCACUUCCUGCCGAAUUGGAGUGUUGUAGCAACUAAACGUGCAUGAGAUCUCUGUGCUAAUGUGAGUUGCUAAUAAAGUUAGAAUGCUUUGUGGCUGGUGCUCUGCUCUACCUCUGCUUGGAACAGCAUGCCUUUUCUAGUCAAAGUGGGAGGUUCAUUUUACAGAGGCUGCUGGUUACAUGGUCUUAUUUUUGGAUAACAGAGGAAUCCUCAAAGGCCAGUUGGUUUCGAAACUUGAUGGAUAGUAGGGGUCCGCUCCUCUACCUUGACUUAGUCAGUUAGUGUAUGGUUCAAAAUACAAUGGAUAAUGGGUCCGUCCCUUUAUCAUUCUCCACUUAAAUACUAGGCUUUAUUUUGCGGCUGAGUUUGAAUUUGUGAUGUGCGCCUAACCCAAACAUAUGCUCUGCUUUCUUACCACUAGACCAAAGUCCUGGGGGCCAAUGUUGCUGGUAACGUUGUUACACUAACAUAGAUCGCAUUUUCAAAUUUACAGCUCCAAAAUUGUAAUUAGUAGUGUCACAAUGUUGCUAUAAAACACAGAAGUGUGAGGUAUGUGACUUCAUUGAUUUAUUCUGUACAGAAAUCAGUAGUUAUUAGUGUAUAUGCCUUGUAUAUGCAUAGAGCUGAGCGCUCUCCUGUAAAAUUGAAAAUAGCAGCUGAACCUUAUUUUAAGGUUCAACAAUUUUGUUCCUAGUGUCAUCAUUGUAGUUUUUGCAAUAUGAGAUAAUUGUUAUUCCUUGCUGUA